AUGCCAGCGAGUUUUUCAGGAUACUUGAGUGAGGAUGGAAGCCCGGAGCAGACACACGACGCACGCAAAGCUGGAAGCAAGGCAACAACUGAAAUUCCUCAGGAACACAAGGGCACCCCGUGGCAACACUUCCAGGGACCAGAUGACUCGGAGAGCGUUGUCAGCGAGCUCAUAUUUCGUCUUAAGGAGAGUAUCAGCGAGCAGGCUGGAAGCUGGUGGAGAGCUUCAAUGGCAAAGGUGGCAAGGAGGCCUCUACUCGCUUCAUACGAAACAGCUCCAGAGGAAGCUUUUGCAGGCACCCAUGAGAUCCAAGAUGAGCUUGCUCCAGGACCCAAUGAGAAUUCUGUUUUCAGCAGUAACUGGCACGAUCGCCUGCAGUGGGCAUUUCAGCGGGUGCUCAUCCUCCGAGAGUCUCAGGACUCGAGGUCAGCCAACCAGCUCAGAAGACGACUUUUCGAACGCGAGCUAGCCCUCAAUAACGAGAUUGGAUCGUUCGCGGCAGCUGCCCGUGCUGCCGCAGUAGUGUUGCUUCACUCUCUGGCAUUGGAAGAACGAGUUGGUUCCACGGAAAAGUUGAAACUGGGGAUCCAGGAGAAACAACAACGAAAAGGGCCGUCCCAGUGCUUCAUACGCAUAAGGCCCGAGGAGCACUCUACCUUGUGGCGCGUCUACCAACCAAAGUUUUCAGACGAUGAAGUUUACGUCUUCGACAGUAUGGUCCUGACGGUCAUUGUAGGAGACAGUCAAGCAAACAUCAAACAGCAUUUUGCGAAGGAAGUCUAUCAAAAUGACUUGAAGGGCCGGCAGGCAGUGGCCGAUGCAGUGUAUGCGACCGCUUUCGCCCGGACAGAGGCAGAUUGGCGUCUGCAAAAUCGUUUUCAGCUUCAAAGCAAUCAUCAGCGUGACCUACGGCAACAAGUAGAUACCGCCUGGAACUUACACGACCAAAAUAAAUUUGAGCGUGCCAAACUCGGGCUUCCAAUUGCUUGUCUUGUUGAUUAUGCUGGCUUCGCUGUCCUAGUGGAGCCACUUUUGCCCUUAACCCCCGCUCCUGUCAACGUCUUGGAAGAACUGGUAGCGGACAUUCGUCGGUGCCUACCCGACUUUGUACAGCAGUGUGGAGACAUUGGCAACCCACUCGGUUGUUUUGAUGCCUUGGACAAAGUAGACCGAGCAACCUAUCACAAGUUCAAGAACAUUGCCGGCUUUCUGAACUUGGCGCGCAUCAUUGCAGGCUACGACAGGAGCUUUUUGGCCCCUUUACGCAUGAUGGCUCAGGACUACCCAUUCCCCCGCGGCGCUUCAGACUUUGACUUGCCUUUGCCUCCAGCCGCCCUGUGGAGGUCUCAGAUUGACCACUUCUGCAUUUUCCGGAACCUUCAUGAAUCACUACCCCCGAAGUGCGCUAACGGACGAGUUUUGCCGGAACAAAGGUUCCGACAGACGUUUCUUUCUCGUGUCUUUGAUGUUGCUUUGCCUUGCACGAGCAGGGAGCAGCACAGAGCCGCAGAGAUACGUGCCUCGAAGUUUGUUCAGCAGCACACGACGUUACGGGGAACACUGGAGGCGCUUUCUGUAGCUGCGCGCUCAUUGGAACUCACUAUCAAGCAGGAUCUUGUGCCUGCCAUCAACGCGCUGCAAAAGAACUUCUUGGACUCACGCGACGUUGCACACGCCCUCCAUACCCAUGGAGUCAAUAUUAGAAAUCUGGCACAACUAUUAAAACACGAUCCAGCUUCUCCAUUUAAAGACGCCAUUAUACGGGAGGUUAUUGCCAGAUCCGCCAAACACUUAUUCCGCCUGCAAGUUGAAAAGCUUGCUGGAGGUGGAAUGAUUGAUACCAGCCACAUGGAGGAAAUUCAUCGCUUGGUGGUGAAGCUUUUCAACUUGGUUCUGUCUACCAACGAAGAGUCAAGGAUAUUUUGGCGUCAUCAAAUACUUCCUCUAGCCCUAGCGAGGUACAAGGUCGACCUAACUGAUAUGGCGUCUCCGGAGAGCGUUUGCACUUAUUCCCUCUUCAAGGCUAUGGAAUACAACCUGAGUGUCCAAUUCGAUAAUAAUGUGGCUGCUCGUUCAACGACACCAUCCGGCGAAGCGUUUCUCGAACUACGCCUGCCAUUAACUGUAGCUGAUUUGUCAACCUUCACUAGCCGUCGGGAUUCGCUGCUCUUCCCUCACAUUUCACAGGUGAGGGCGGCCCUCGCUGGUGGUUGCCAUGCAGAUGCCGACAAUGAUAUUGAGGGCGAAGACUGGGAAACGCAACUACGAUCAGCCAAGCGCCGCAUGCGUCACUUUGAAAACGCCGAACAAGUAUUCCUGUCGUCAAUGGUGCCUGCACAAAAUGUGCCCCCAGAUAUUUCUGCGGAUAAAGAUGAGACUAGCAAGCUAAGGGCUCCGGGCACGGCGGAGAAACUACAAAAGUUUGCGGAGCUACGGGAGGUUCGAGGGUUCUAUCCCAGAGUCCACCUCGUUGCACCCGAAACGGUGGCACUUAUGCAAGCAGCUACUGCAUCAAAUGUAGCUGGGGCCAGCAGCACUUCUUUAGAUGUUCUUCUAGACAGUAUGAAGGCUGGCGUUGCCAUUCCAGCAAACCAAGAGGAAAUAUGGGGGAGCGGCAACUUCGCCAUGCACGGAGCUUGUGGAGCAAUGAGGGCGGCUCUUAUUGGAACAGGAUACCCAUGCCACCCAUACUGCCUUGCAAUGGAUGAAGAUGAGGCGUUGCAUGAAGUUAUUCUGGAGGCGGCCGACGAGAAUAAGUCUCUAUCUCCCCUGAAGCAGUGCCUGAAAUAUAAGAGAAAAAAACUCGCUUUAACAGUGGCUCUUCUAUCGAAGGCAGCCAUCGGGAGUGAUAUUUUCUUGCUGGGAAAAAUUUUGCAACAGACGGCCUACGUUAUGCUGCAACACAAUGAGGUCAAGGCGGCUGCCAGCAUUGCGGAGUUCAUCUACUCAAAAAUCCCGGAUGCACUGUCUCUCCAGUCAGAAGCGCUGCUCAUUGACAUGCAAUGCACGACAAGAGGAAAUGAACCCCAGGAUGCUCUGUUGUGCUAUCGUAACCUGAAGCCAGUCUUAGUUGCUAUGGAGGGGAAAAUGUCCCUUAGACUGCUGCUGGCCGACCUGUUGCUUGCCUCCUUUGCCUUCAAGAACAAGAGGUUCAACUCCGCCAUUCUUCAUGCCUUUCGCGUGCAUAAAAUAUCGACAGUGUGUUUCGAUACUGGAGGAGCUCAUUGGGCUGCUGUCGCUGCUCUACGGCUCAUCGCACGAUCCAUGCUGGAAGUUCAGCGGUGCUCAGAAGCCAUUAUCAUUUUGCAGCACACAGUCAGAGUGGCGAGUACGAAUCCCGAGCUCCCAACUCUCGUGACGCACAUGAGCCGAUUCUGGUUAGCUGCAGCUUUCGCAAGAAUGGGUCGUCUGGAAAAUGCUUCUGUCGAGGCGCAAACCAUGUUGGCGGGACUCGAAGCCCAGCUCGGCACGAAUCACGAAGCCACAAUGUCAGCCCUCUACCUUGCAGCUGAAGUGAAGAUGCGGUUAGGCUGUCUUUCACUUCAGAACCCACCACUUAAAAUUGGUGGGCCUACUGCACUCACGGAGGAAGCUGGCAUUUCAGGUGCCCCUUCUGAACUUCAGGAGCCUUUGCUCUGGAAACCUCUGGGUGCUGAGGACUUUGAAAUAUAUGAGGAAUUAUUUCGCGACCAAGGCAUGAUUCAGGCUAGGGCAGAUGCGGAGCAGCUCUUUCUUGCCCUAUUUCGGCGCCUGCUGUUCCGGGAAGACAACGUUCUUGUCGAAAUAUAUAAGCCACCUGGACUUGGCCGCAAGCAACGCCUCCGUCAGAUUUUCUCCACACUCAAGCAAAUCUUGAAACUGAAGCUGUGCUCCAUUCCUAUAUCUGUCCUCCGGCUCUUGGCACAUCGCAUUUACGUAGCCUGCGUCGCCCAGGGCUGCUCAGCUGGUUUGCGUCCUUUUGGCCUCAUGGAGCGGGACCAGGUUGACGAUUCUGAUGGCGACGAGUCCAAUGAGGGUGGCAAGCUGCCUGAAUAUAAGAAAGUUUCAGGAACAGAACGUCGACGUGCACAUGGAGAGGACAUCUUGUAUGCUCGUGUGGAAGGGUCCUCUGGCUUGCGGCCGGCACAGGAACACGAUGACAUAAUGUUGCAGCUCCUCUUGUUUGGCGAAGGCCCUGCAUCUCUUAAAGGAGUGCUUAAAGCUUGUUACAUGAGCUGCUUGGAAGACCGCAUGAGGAACCCGGCAACAUGGUUCGACGAUCUCAUCUCAGACGUGCUUGGAGAACGCGGGAGUUUGCAGCACUUGCGGUUCCUUAUUUGCAUGUUACGCCAUUUCUUCACUUUGUCGCAAAAGUCGCUGUUCAUUGCCCUCGCUUUAGGCGACUUUAACAGAAAACGCCAUUCUCAAAUCUUCAUUCAAACAAUGCGAGCGCAAGAAACGGAGGGAGAGGUUUCACGAAAGCUGGCUCUUAAGCGGAUGAUCAACAAAAGCCGAGAGCAGAUGCCGGAGAGCAACGAUGAUUACCUUGAGUACGACUUCAAUUCGCCUAGACCCUUUGACUUAACAAUUGGUAUCACUCGAUGCGACGAAUUCCUCAACUCGACUACGUGGACUGAUAUGCGCAUGCGGCACUUUGAAGGCGACUUUGAGAUAGUGGAAGGUUGGGGAGCUGAUGACGACUCACCAUCAAGGGCAAAUACAGCUAUCCUGCAAACCGACAUCGCUUCUGUGGAGAAGAACUACUUAGAACAACCGGUUGUGGGGAAAGGCAACGUAUCGGGAAAAACUACGCGGAAAAGCAUGAGCACAGCAGCACGGCUCUCCCAGCUACGCUUUGGUGGCAGCAAACAGCUCAUUGCAAACAUGCCCCCCAGUGCUUACGGAGUUAUGGGUAAGAUAUUCAAGCCUGAGCAUGAUUCCGAAUUGGAAGCGUUCGGCUGCAUCGAGUGUCUGCAGCCAGGAGACAAAGUUCCAUACCUUGGUGGUUAA